AUGAUCCGGUUCAUUCUGUUGCAGAACAGACAGGGCAAGACUCGUCUUGCCAAAUACUACGUUCCUCUCGAAGAUUCCGAGAAGCACAAGGUCGAAUACGAGGUUCAUCGCCUCGUUGUCAACAGAGACCCUAAGUACACUAAUUUCGUCGAGUUUCGUACGCACAAGAUAAUAUACAGGCGAUAUGCGGGCUUGUUUUUCUCACUCUGUGUUGACAUCACUGAUAAUGAAUUGGCAUACUUAGAGUGCAUUCAUUUGUUUGUUGAAAUACUGGAUCACUUCUUCAGCAAUGUGUGUGAGCUCGAUUUGGUUUUUAACUUCCAUAAGGUCUAUCUUAUACUUGAUGAAUUCAUUCUAGCGGGUGAACUGCAAGAAACAAGCAAGAAGGCUAUCAUUGAGAGAAUGGGGGAAUUGGAAAAACUGGAGUGA